AUUUGCCGCAGGUACAGCACGUACUGACCAGUCCCUCACAUGAAACUCCAUGAGGUAGCACAGAGCUUAAUGUGUACAGAUAUUUCACCUUCCAUGUUUUUGUUGCUCCAAUGCUCCGUUUGACCAGGCCAGCUUCUGACACACAUCCAGCUUUAUUAGUGCUUUUAGCAGAAACCAAAUUCCCACCUCCUUUGGCUUGCAAACAGCUUCCCAUUGAAGCCUGGGAGCAGAAUGUGUUUGUGUGUGUGUCUGCUGGGCCCUGUGUGAGUUCAGCUCCGAGAAAGGAAAACAGGGAUUUGGAAAUGUGUCUGGGACUUCUGUGGGGACCACAAAAUAAUAUUUAAAGAAAAACUCAAUUGAAAAGCCUCUUGCUUCAACUCGCUGUCUUACCUUUGGGUUACAGGGUUGCCUUGGUUCCAGCUUGGGAGAAGUAGGAGGCAGAUAAGCAAAUAAGGGGAUUAGUAGGACCUGAUUCAGAAAGCACUUAAAAACGAAGCAUUAAGGUACCUCAUGGCUUCUGUGAAAUGUGGCUUUCACUGCUGGGUCACUAAGGCAAGGCUGAAUCAGGCAGCGGAGGGUCUGGGAGCCCCGUGGUGCCCAAUCCCAUCCCAGUCCAUCUUCUGAGACCUCAGUUCCUUCCUUCCUGCUGGGUCCCUGUAAUAGAGAUACGAAGGAUUGGUUUGUUGGGCACGUAACUCUCCUUCAGUUUUGAGACUCAAAGUGUUAAAGACAAACGUGGAGACUUUUCAAACUUCGCUGUUCAGCUUCAGGCGUUUUACAGACCACUUUUUCCCCCACAAAGUGUUGCUCCUUCUAAAACUCAGACCCGUUUAUAAUCUCUUUAUUUGAGCAGUCCAAAUUGCUAGUCACUUUUAGAGAUAUUAGUCUCAGGCUUUCUACUUGUAUUUAUUGCCUUGGAUGAAAGAGAGGAUGUCAAGAGAGGAAAAUGAGAGGAGGCAGAAGAGAGAAAUAGGAGAAAUUAAGGGAAGGAGGUGGAAAAGGGAACAAAGAACUCGAUUACAUGGUUUUGCUCACAUGUUUUUCCUCAGGAUGAUGAUGUUUCUCUGGAAAACAUCCCCUUCGCUCCACGUGUUAAUAUUUAAUUAGCUGCUCAGCAUUAAGGGCUUAUUGUUGGUGCUAAUUUGGACAGGGAAGCGAUGGUAAAUGUUUCUGAGGGGGUGCUGGUGCCAGUCGUGCUGCUGGGCUGUAAGUAGGUUACGAGGGCAGGUAUUUUAAGUCACAUUGCCUGGCAGCAUCUGCUCUUCCUUCCACCCAGACUUCAAGGAAACCUCCUAAGGGGGUGCAAAGGCCACGGGACCGUGUCCGAAGCGCCUGGGAAGAGGUUGUGAAGCAGCAGAUCUGCAGCAAAGAGCUCGGCCUUUUCAAACUCCCGUAGCGUUCGUUAGUGUGAGGUGCUGAGAACUCAUUUUCAUCAUUUGGGCAUGUGAUAUAAAGCCUCAGGAUCUGAAAUAUUACAGUAACCAUGGCUACCAGUGACUUAUCUGAGGGAGUUUGACUUUUGUUUUGAUUUUAAGUGUCUUGAUUGUAGUUUAAAAAUCAGAAUCUGAAUGUGUUUUUUACUUAGGCAUGAAACUAAAGGCAUUAAAUGAUUUGCAUUAUUAAAAUAUCUAUAAUGCUGCCUUUCAAAGGUUCUUAAAGAAGGCCCUUAAUAUUCAUACCCUAUGUUCUAAAUAAAGUUACUCUUCAGCUUUAUGUUAGUUCUGCUGCUCUCACCAUAGGAAAUCUCCUGCAGGCUCCAGCGCUCCGGAGGUGCCUCGCUGGCUGUUUUGCAAUCCCAAAUCCUUUGUUUCUCCCCAGAAAAGCUGUGGCACUCCAUACUCCGUGCACGUGAACACACACACGCUGCUGCUUUUCCUCCUUCCUCUUCUGCACCCCAGCCAUGCCCCACGGGGUCCUACCUUUAAAGCCUGUGUUUACUGCAGAGGCUGCUGCUGGAAGUUUGCCCUGUUGGAAACCCUGCCAGCCCCUGAGUCUCUCCUGUGUGAGAAAUCACCGAGCACCACCUGCCCGGAGAGUGGGAACACGUGGCUGGAUGUUGGCAGGGAUGCUGAGCUGGGAUGGAGAGCCAGCCCCGCUAGCACCGAUCCAUCCCUCCCUCUGAGGAGGACCACGUUCCACCAGGAGGAAGACGACAGGCAGUUGUCUAGCAAAGGAUUCAAUCGCUGAAAGGGUCUCAUCUGGCCUGGUGUAAUUCCCUCCAUUUGUACUUGUGCAGUAGUUGCAAACAUGCUGAAAUAUGAACUCAUGCUUGGUAAGCCUUUAAUUCCAGCUUUGAUGUUUUUAAUCAUCAGGACAGAUUUGGUAAAAAUGAUUCAUUAGCUUGAAACGCAUCUGGGAUGACACGUGAUGUUGUGGAGGAUCCAGGAUGCAGAGGCAGGGGACGGUUGUUCUUUGGGAUGUUCUUUGUGCCUCAUCUGAACUGAUUCUUGAAGUACGGCCCUUCAAUACCUCUCAGCCCAUCAGCUUUAGAGGCCUCUUGGGCACUCAGCUUUGCCUUCAGGUGCCUCCUCUCUGCAUCUGUUUCUGGUCAGAACUCCAGCAGCCCUGGCUCAGAGCAUGCCAGCUAAGGAUGUGGUCAGCGCGCUCGGGGCAAGGAUGAGCACAUGGCCAAGCUCCUGCAAUAGGGUAGAUUUGCCCGGGUGCAGCCAGACACACCGGACCCUGCUCCAAACUGGUGUGCUCAGCCCCUGCCAAAGGAUGCUCCAGCCACAGAAACCUCCGCACAGCUCUGCCGCAGGGGAGGGACUCCUCUCAGUGCUGUCCUUUUGAGGACAAAGACCAAAUCCCAAGGAAAAUUCCAGAAGCUCUCCAUCAGAAAGGGAAGGAGCAGAAUAAACACUUUGUUACUAUUGUGUGAUGAAAGGCUUUUAUCUUGAAGCAUGGCUGACAAGAACAGCACCCUGAAAUGCACGUUCUCUGCUCCUGGCCACAGCACCACUCUACUGCAGGGACUGGCCUCGCUCCGAGCUCAGGCUCAGCUGCUUGAUGUCAUCCUCACUAUAAAUAAUGAAGUGUUUCAGGUUCAUAAAGUUGUCUUGGCUGCCUGCAGUGACUAUUUCAGGGCAAUGUUUGCAGGCGGGAUGAGAGAAGCCAGCCAAGAUGUGAUUGAACUCAAAGGUCUAUCUGCAAAAGGACUGAAGCACAUUAUAGACUUUGCGUACAGCGCUGAAGUGACUCUUGAUCUUGACUGCAUUCAGGAUGUGCUGGGAGCUGCUGUCUUCCUCCAGAUGGUGCCUGUCGUGGAGCUCUGUGAAGAAUUUCUGAAGUCUGCCAUGAGUGUAGAAACGUGUCUCAAUAUUGGGCAGAUGGCCACCACCUUCAGCCUCGCAUCCUUGAAGGAAUCAGUAGAUGCAUUCACUUUCAGGCAUUUCCUCCAGAUCUCUGAGGAAGAGGAUUUCCUCCACCUGCCGCUGGAGCGCCUUGUUUUCUUCUUGCAGAGCAAUAAGCUGAAAAGCUGCAGUGAAAUAGAUCUCUUCCGUGCCGCCGUCCGGUGGCUGCAGUAUGACCCAACCCGCCGUGCCAACGCCAGCCAGGUCCUCUGCCACAUCCGCUUCCCGCUGAUGAAGUCCUCGGAGCUGGUGGACAGCGUCCAGACCUUGGACAUCAUGGUGGAAGAUGUCUUGUGCCGGCAGUAUCUGCUGGAGGCAUUCAACUACCAGAUCCUGCCCUUCCGGCAGCACGAGAUGCAGUCCCCUCGCACCACCAUCCGCUCGGAUGUCCUGUCCCUCAUCACCUUCGGUGGCACUCCCUACACCGACAACGACCGCACUGUGAGCUGCAAGGUCUACUACCUGCCGGAUGCCAGCGUGCGGCAGUUCAAGGAGCUGACGGAGAUGGAGGUGGGCAGCAGCCACUCCUGCGUGGCCGUGCUCGACAACUUCGUCUACAUCGUUGGAGGGCAACACCUGCAGUACCGGAGCGGGGAGGGAGCUGUGGACAUCUGCUACCGCUACGAUCCGCACCUGAACCAGUGGCUGCGCAUCCAGGCCAUGCAGGAGAGCAGGAUCCAGUUCCAGCUCAACGUCCUGCACGGCAUGGUGUAUGCCACUGGUGGGAGGAACCGCUCGGGGAGCCUGGCCUCUGUGGAGAAGUAUUGCCCCCAAAACAACGAGUGGACGUACGUGUGCUCCCUGAAACGCAGGACGUGGGGGCACGCGGGAGCCACGGUAGGAGGCAAGUUGUACAUCUCAGGUGGGUACGGCAUCUCGGUGGAAGACAAGAAAGCCCUGCACUGCUACGACCCCACCAUGGAUCAGUGGGAGUUUAAAACCCCCAUGAACGAGCCCAGAGUUCUGCAUGCCAUGGUCAGUGCAAAUAGCAGGAUUUAUGCUCUGGGAGGCCGCAUGGACCAUGUUGACCGUUGUUUUGAUGUUUUGGCUGUGGAAUAUUACAUGCCUGAAACGGACCAGUGGACCACGGUGAGCCCGAUGCGCGCGGGGCAGUCGGAAGCAGGCUGUUGUUUACUAGAAAAAAAGAUUUAUAUCGUAGGAGGGUACAAUUGGCAUCUGAACAAUGUCACCAGCAUUGUGCAGGUGUAUAACACCGAAACUGAUGAAUGGGAAAGGGACCUACAUUUCCCAGAGUCUUUUGCUGGGAUAGCAUGUGCUCCCGUUAUCCUGCCGCAGGGAAUGACCCAGAGAUAACUACGUGCGACGCCGUCAGCCCGUGAAAUCGCCUCGUGUUGCAUGUGAUCAGAUGCUGUGUUGCUCCUUUGUUGUUUGCAAAUGGUAUUGUGCAUUUUGUGGGUGAGGGAAGGAGAAAAAUAGCUUGUGUUCCCUCCUCCAUAAAGUCCCUCCUCCUCUUCUGUAGUGUUCUGGCAAGCGUGUUCCAUCAGAAGCACUUGUCAGCUAGUUAGACUUAACAGAUGUUACAGCUGGAAAAAGCUUUUCUCUUCCUUAUUUUUUUUUUGUUGGAUGGGGGGUGCAUUUGGCCAACUUUUCAUAUUUUUGACAAUAUUCCACCUUGCAAACCAUGGCCAGCUCAGGGGGCACUGGGGACUGGGGGAUGUUCAACAGAGUUCAGGUGUGAUUUUUGUAUUAAUAGCUCCAAAAAAUGGCUGUCGCUGCUUUGUUUUUUUUUUAGCAAACAAACAAACCAAAAGCUGUAAACCACACUGACCUCCAGAAGCAAUAACGGGACAGUGGGAGCUCCAGGAGCUCAGGUGCUUGGAUCGGGAAAGCAGAUUCUUGCUUUCCAAAGGUGACUUUUUGGGUUUCUUUCCCCUUUUCAAAGGCGAAUACUGAGCCCUGCACACCUCUGGUCUCCGUUGGUUCCUCAUUGCUUGGAUCACACUGCGAUACCAGAUCCCUUCCUCACCCCCUCCAGACAGCAGCAUGAUCCUCUAGUCCAGAAGUUCUCCCUUUCCUGGGGCAUUCAGCGUUUGCCACACUAAAGCCAUGUCAAUAGCUGGAUUAUGUACAAAUGAGCAGGAUUCUUUUCCUUAUGAGUGCCAAGAAUUUGGCUGCCCUGGCAAUAAGAGCUGCGGCCGCUCAGCUGGGCUGAGCCCCAAGGAGCACCCAGGGGCUCUGUUUUGGGUCCUGCUGUCUUUGCCUUGCCACCAACAUGUGUUCAUCCAAACUCCUUUUGUACAGGAAAGGGAGUGGGUGCUACUUCUUCAGAAGCUUGAAGGUUUUCUCCCUCGACUUGUCAAUAAGCUACUUGGCAUCGUAACGUGAUGGAAGUCGAAGUAGAAUGGGGUUUGUUGUUGUUGUUGCCAGUGGGUAUUUUAAAUGAAGAGAUUAAUUGGAAGAUGACUCUGUCAUUUUUGUGACAUCUGUGUUUGCUGCACAGAAUUCGGUUCCUUCCUGAACUUUCCUCCAAGCCAUUUUUUCUAAUUCAUUUGACCAAUUAAUAAAUGGAAAGUUUCUCCUUUUAUGAGGUUUUCUGUUCCAAGGGCUGUGUUUGUACCCAGACAAGUUUGAUUUCGAUGUAUGCAGCCGCCUUUUUAGACAAACUUGCGUUCUGCUGUUGAAUAAAUACUGUGCUGUAACCCUUUAGAGACAAUAUGUAACGUCUGUUUUGCUAGUGCAUCCUCGAGCAGGCCUGUGUAAAGCAUGAGCUCCAUACCUCAGAUUCACACAAAGACAUUUAAUAAUGAAAUCAAAGCGCCUUUGGCUAUGGUGCGGGGAGGGGACGUGCUCACUCGGUUAAGAGUCUAAAUUUAGGAUAAAACAAUGCAUAGUUUCAUCUGCUCCUAUCUAUCUGCUGGUUUGCAAUAAUGAAUCCAUGGAAGGUGCUCGUCGUUGUACGCUGGAGGCUGUGCUCCAGCUCUCAGGCAGUUAAUUCACUCCAUUCUCCAUUCGGUCUGGCGCAGAAGCGAGAAACGCUGCACAACAGCCUUGGCAGAUCAAGCAAGUUUUGAAGGGAUGAAAUGUAACUCGAUACAAGCCUCAAAGUUACAAAAUAAUGCAUUUUCCUUUGUUUUAAUGCUUCCAUAUGUUUAUUAAAAGGGCAUUUUCUUAAGGUAGUAACAAAUGGAAGGUUACGCGCUUUCCUGUUUGUCGAAUAUGUUUAAUCCUCUUCUGAGUGUGUCAUUCCCUCAUCAUUGCCUUCCUGAAAUACUUGAGUAUUCUUCUCUAUUUCAUUUAAUUUUUCUUAUCAGAAGGAUUCCUGUGGCAGCAGUUGAUGCUUUGGGGGUUCUCUCAUAGAACGGGCAGCUCUAGUGCUCAGGAGCCACAUCAGAAGCGGAGAACCCCGCAGUGACCGGAGGGGGCAUCUCUUCACAAGGAAACUGCUUCUGAGGUACGUGUGUGUGUGUCAGGGGGUAAAGGGGGGGAAAGGAAAGACCCUUGAGAACAACGAAGCAGCGUGUUUGGGCUCAGCGUUAAGGUCAGCCUUGCAAAACCAAACCUAACCUCUGUAUCAUUCCUAUCGGAAUGGUGGCUCUGGAGACGGGAGGAUUCCCAAAGCUGUUCUGGAACUGCAUUGAAUAAACAGACCAACUGUCACCUGCUGUGCAGCAAACCAGCCUGGAACGAGCAUUCCCAGUCCCUGGCGCUGUGGAGCAGGAGCUGGGAAAGGCUUCCAGAUUCCUUCACCCUUGUGGCAGAGCAUUGCUGCUCACCACCUCUCCCUGCUACUGGAAUGUUCUUUUUAUAGCAAUAUAAAUAAUUAUUUUUCAUAAUGUUAGCUGGAAAUAUUCUAGCUGUUCUAAAUUUAGCAGAGACUGACUAAAAUACUCGUGGCAGUGUGUAUCAUCCCCAUUGAUAAUAAAGUUUGUUUUGUCCUCC